AUGUCGAGCUCCGGCGGUUUCAUGGCGUUCGAGAUCAACUCGUCGCUGCACAACUACCUGGCCGUCGGCCAGGGCGCCGUCUACUCGGAGGUCGUCUCCGCCGGCGGCCACUGCUGGAGGCUGGCCUGCUACCCGCACGGCGACCCCAGCCACGUCCCCGCGCCCUUCCGCUUCAUCUCCGUCUACCUCGAGCUCGUCGGCAAGCCGCCCAGCCACGCCGACGCCUACCCCUUCAUGGUCACCUUCACCGCCUUCGCCGCGCACGGCGACGGCGCGCCGCCGUCCCACCACGCGGAGUGCGGGCACGUCUACACGCGGGGCAACCACGGCCUGAAGCGGCCGUGCGGGUUCCCGGAGUUCAUCGGCGACUACACCGACAUCCCCAUCGAGCGUGGCCUGACGGUCAUGUGGAGGGUGAGGGUCACCCGGGAGAAGCCCGGCGGCCCCGAGAUCGGCCGCCAGCUCGGCCGGUUGCUGGACCCAGGGCUCGCCACCUGGACCGACGUCUCCUUCGUGGUCGCCGGCGAGACCUUCCGCGCCCACCGCGCCCUCCUCGCCGCCCGCUCCCCGGUCUUCGAGGCGCAGCUCUUCGGCGCCAUGCUCGAGUCCUCCUCCGCCUCCAUCACCCUGGAGGACAUCGAGCCCGGCACCUUCGAAACCAUGCUCCGGUUCAUCUACACCGACGCGCUCCCCGACGACCCCCCGGACCUCGAGGCGCUCCGGCGCCUCCUCGUGGCGGCGGACAGGUUCGCGCUCGACGGCCUCAAGCGGGAGUGCGCCGAGAGACUACUCGGCAGCAUGUCGACGGACACCGUCGUCGACAUGCUGCGCUGGGCCUGCACGUACAACUGCGCCGAGCUCCGGGAAGAGUGCGUCGACUUCGUGGCGGCGCGCCGGAACUUCAACGAGGUGGUGCUCACCGUCGGCUUCAUGGAGCUGGUGCUCGAGUCGCCGUCCAUCCUCGACGACGUCAAGGAGAGCGCCGCGAGGCAGCAGCGCGCCAAGGAGUCUCUUGGCGAUUCAGACCUACCUAUUCGUAGGGGCAUGGCAUCGCCAUAUUAUGGAUAUUAUUAUUACCAGCCUGCUGCUGCUUGA